AUGGUGGCGCGCGGAGGUCGCAGCCCAGCGAGGAGGCGUCAUCGUCUUUGCAGACCCGUCUCUGCUGAGCCCUCUGCAGUAGUAGGUGAGAUUGAACUUAUUCUUUUCCAGCCUCAUCUGCAAAGGACAAAGUUAUGUGAUAUGGAGGACCAAGAACUUGAUCUGUUGUAUGUAAAGAAGAGGGAUCAGUUGAAAGAAGUAGUUGCAUCCAUGAUAAAACCGAAAAUUGUGCAGGGUAGAACUCUGAAUGGGACAGAGUUUGUAUCCUUCCUAGGGCAGAUACUUGAGGCUUUGAAAAAGGUGUACAAUGAAAGAAUGGGCAGAGCAGGUCUACCAGUGUCAGUGGAUAAACUUCAGCAGUUCCAUGACCUGGCAAAAGAUGAAGCUAGAAGGCUUUUCAACAAGCAGCAUUUCGGUAAACAUCAUGCUGCUCAGUCCAUCUUCAAGCUUGAUGAAGAAAUUAAAAAGGUCUACAGAAACUUCGGUCAAGCUAAUGAGUAUCAGUCAUCAAAGCUGUGCGAAGCACGGUUCUCAGAGUUCGAAGAUAAAAUGGAACACCUUCAAGUCUUGAAGCUUCCAUCCAUGGCAAAAUUUGAUGCUGGAUUUCUUCUCUGCAAUCAAAGUUUUGAAAUGGAUUGCGUGGGGCCAGCCAAGGAAAGCUAUCAACGCCGAAUGUCAAAGAUGCUGGCAAGGUCCCGUGCUCUUUUCAUCAAGGAGUACAACAACAAACUCUUCAACUGGCUGGUCAUAUUCUCCCUGGUCAUGGUUGUCAUUGGACGCUUCUUGAUCAAGUUCUUCCUGCUUGAAGUUGCUGCGUGGGUGCUGUUUGCCUUCCUGGAGACAUAUACGAGGCUGUUCUGGUCAUCAGAGUCCCUGUACUACAAGUCUACAACCCCGUCUGGCACAUGA